AUGUCCAUUGCAGAGCAAAUGGGAAACACUCUGCAACGCACAUCGAUUUCGACCAGCAUCAAGGAGAGACUCGACUUUUCAUGUGCGAUCUUCUCUCCAACGGGCAAGCUCGUAGCUAAUGCUCCACAUAUCCCCAUCCAUCUAGGAAGCAUGCAAUAUGCAAUUCAGUACCAGCACAAUCUCUGGGCCGGAAAGCUCAAACCUGGCGAUGUGCUUCUCACCAAUCACCCUGAAUGCGGUGGAACUCACCUCCCUGAUCUUGCGGCUGUGAUGCCGGUUUUCGUUGGAAGAAGGAUUGCCUUUUACGUGGCAGCCCGUGGGCAUCACACUGAUAUCGGUGGAAAGGGGAUCACAUCGAUGAUGCCUGACUCAAAAGAGCUGUGGGAAGAAGGGCUCAGCGUCAGGUCCAUGAAGAUUGUCGACAGCGGUGUCUUUCUGGAAGAAGAUGUGCGCGCAGUCUUGAUACGGGCGGGGGACUUCCCCGGCUGCAGCCCAACGCGCCGUCUUGAUGACAAUAUUUCCGACAUAAAAGCACAGAUCUCGUCAAAUCAAAGAGAAAUACACCUGCAAAAACUAUGUGAAGAAUUCACUCUGCCGGUCGUCCAUCUCUACAUGAACGCUAUCCAGUCGAGUGCCGAAAUUGCUGUCCGAGAAUUCCACAAACAAGUCGCACAGACACAUCCGGAGCCUCUGACUGGAGUCGACUAUUUUGACGACGGCAAAAUCACCAUUGACCCGCGAACAGGCUCUGCCGUCUACGACUUCUCUGGAACAGGACCGCAGAUGUGGGGUAACUUCAACUGCCCUAUCUCCAUAACGCAUUCGGCUGUCAUAUACACAACUCGAUGUCCGAUAGACGCUGACAUCCCUCUGAACGACGGCUGCCUGGCCCCGAUCGACAUACAAAUCCCGAACGGGUCCGUCUUGCCCCCGAGCUCCGCAGUCGCCAUAUGCGGCAGCACCCUUGCGAGCCAGCGUGUGAUCGACGCCAUUCGCGUGCAUUCGGCUGCUGUGCCGCCUUCUGCGGAGCCUGGCUGGAACUAUGGUGAGACGGUAUCUGGUGGGUGCGGUGCCGGGCCCACAUGGCACGGCGAAAGCGUCACGCAGACACACUCGACGAACACCAGAGGCAAUGAUCCAGAAGUGAUUGAGAAACGUACGCCCGUGUUAGUGCGGGAAAUAGCCAUCAACCGCAGGUCUGGAGGGAAGGGGCUGUUCAAUGGAGGGGAUGGGGCGACGCGUCUCAUUGAGGCGAGGAUUCCGUUGAAAUUCAGCAUCCUCAGUGAUCGUCGCGUCAUUGCACCGUACGGCAUGAAUGGUGGACGUCCUGGAAGCGUGGGGAAGAACUUUGUGUACCGAUGGAACGAGGACAGAACUAACUUUGAACGGAUGUCACUGGGGGGUAAAGCAGCGUUGUCGUUGGACGCGGGAGAGAUGAUGGAGAUCAGCAGUCCUGGAGGAGGAUGGGGAGUCCCUGUGAGCGAGUAA